GGUUGCGAGGCUGGGGGCGCGCGUGAUGGGGACGGUCGUUCGCGAGGCGCCGGUCGCGGGAGCGCGCGCGAUUGAGCCGGGCGCGCGUCCGUCCUCACCCUCCCUCCCUCGCUCCCGCUAGCGUUUCCUUCCCCUGUUGCCGGGCGGACGGCGCUGGUGUGAGGGCGGCAGCGGGGAGUCUCUCCCUCACUACAUGUGUGUCUGUGCGUGUGGGGGGAGAUCUUUCUCCUCCUCCUCCUCCUCCCCCCUCUCUCCUGACGGGGCUGCAAAAAAAUAUAUAGAGAUCAGAAAGAAAAUCUACCAAAUCCGGAUAAAACAAACGUAAAGCAAACAUGCCGGAGGUGAUCACGGUGCCGGAAUUUAUCUGCGAGACCCAGGAGGACCACAGCUCGCCGACGACCUCCUCCUUCACCACCAAGAUGGCAAGCUGCAGGAACACGGUAACAGCGCUGGAGGAGGCUUUAGACAAGGACAGAUUUGUACUCCAGAAAAUGAAGAAGGCAGUCAAAACAAGAUACACCACAGGGCAAGAAGACAUAUCCCUACAGGAAACAUUCAUAAAUGAACUGGAAAAACUUGUAGCUAAUUUCCAAAGUAAUGAAGAGCUAGUACUGGCUGAAGCUUUCAGUAAAUUUGCGGAAUACUCUAGAGAGCUGCUGACACCAAUGAGAAACCUGUUGCAGAGUGCGAACCAUAUUGUAUUUUUUCUGAACUCCCUGCUAAGAGGAGAACUGAAAGGAGUCAAGGGGGAUAUAAAGAAACCUUUUGACAAAGCUUGGAAAGAUUAUGAAGGCAAAUUCACCAAAAUUGAAAAAGAGAAAAGAGAACUUGCGAAGCAGUACGGAAUGGUUCGAAUUGAGGUGACCGGAGGUGAAAUAGCAGAGGAAAUGGAAAAAGAACGGAGGAUGUUUCAGCUACAGAUGUGUGAGUAUCUGAUAAAAGUGAAUGAGAUAAAGACGAAAAAAGGAGUGGACUUACUGCAGAACUUCACCAGCUAUUGCCAUGCACAGUUUAUAUUCUUUCAAGAAGGCUUGAAAACAGCUGAAAAGAUUAGGCAUUACGUUGAAAUGCUUGCAGCAGAUUUACAGAACAUUAAACAGAACCAGGAGGAGGAAAAGAAGAGGCUAUGUAGCCUUCGAGAUCAGCUCAAACCAACUUUACAGUUAGACCACAAGGAGGAUUCUACAAACCGCCAGUCCGUUUACAGUAUGCACCAACUUCAGGGCAAUAAGCAGUAUGGUACUGAAAAAGUAGGAAUCCUGUACAAGAAAAGUGAUGGGUUGAGGAAAGUUUGGCAGAAGAGGAAAUGUAUCGUAAAGAACUGUUACCUCACCAUAUCGCAUGGAACACCAAACCGACAGCCAGCAAAGCUCAACCUCCUCACCUGUCAAGUGAAGCCUAGUUUGGAAGAUAAAAAAUGCUUUGACCUCAUUUCACAUAACCGCACCUAUCAUUUCCUGGCAGAUGAUGAGCUGGACUGUAUGGCGUGGAUUUCUGUUUUAACGAACUGCAAGCAAGAGGCUCUAAAUAUGGCUUUCCAUGAAGAGCACAGUAGUGCAGAGAGUAGUAUUGAAGACCUAACCAAAGCCAUCAUUGAAGAUAUCCAACAAAUGUCAGGGAAUAGCGAGUGUUGUGAUUGUGGAGCAGAAGGUCCAACCUGGCUUUCUACCAAUCUUGGAAUCCUGAUUUGUAUAGAAUGUUCUGGAAUUCAUCGGGAGAUGGGUGUACAUUACUCUCGUAUACAAUCUCUCUCUUUGGAUAAACUUGGCACCUCUGAACUUUUGUUAGCAAAGAAUGUUGGGAAUUCAAAGUUCAAUGAACUUUUGGAGGCUAAUCUUCCAAGUUUACCAGUAAAACCAAGUACAGACAGUCCCAUGACAACACGAAAAGAUUACAUCGUUUCCAAGUAUAUAGCUCAUCAAUAUGUAAAAGAGACCAAUGGUACUCCUGUGACAAAGCUGAAUAAUUUGUACAUUUCCGUGAAAGGCAAGGAUAUAUUUGCAUUGUUACAGGCCUAUGCAGAAAAAGUUGACCUCAGCGAAUCACUGACGUUAUUUGAUCAGGAACCUGGAGAAACCGCUCUGCAUCUUGCCAUACAGCAUGCAGACCGCACCUCACUGCACAUUGUGGAUUUUCUGGUUCAAAAUUGUGGGAACGUCAGCAAGCAGACAGUGAAGGGAAACACAGCCAUUCAUUAUUCUUGUCUACUCAAUAAAACAGAAUGUCUCAAACUCCUUCUGAAAGCCAAGGCCAACACCAGUGUUUUAAAUGACGAUGGAGAGACUGCGAUGGAUAUUGCUCGAAGACUGAAGCACCAAUGUUGUGAAGAGUUGUUGACCCAGGCAAAAUUAAACCAAUUUAAUCUCCACACUAAUGUGGAGUAUGAAUGGCGACUAGGACAGGAAGAUAUUUAUGAGAGUGACGACGAUUUAGAUGAGAAGGGACCUGUUAAGAAAGAGCGCUCUCGGCCCUAUAGCUGCUACCAGCCUGCCAGCACUUCUUCCCGGAGCCUGGAGAAGCCUAAUACAGCUGCCGUCAGCAGAGACUCCACAUACCUGCCAAGAGAGCGGCGACGGGAGCUGCCUUCUGGAUGGGCCAGUCAGCCGCGAAGCUUGGAAUCUCAGCUUCCUUCUCCUUUAUCAGAGGGGCCGCCUAUUCCCCCCAGAAUCCCCAUCAGAGCUCCAAGUGUCCCACCACCUCCACCCCCACCGUCCGCUGUCUCCACUCCCCCUGCUGGAACGGGAGCAUUUAUCUCUGAAAGUCCGUCAAUGAAGAAACGACCACCCCUACCUCCACUCAUAACAAAACAUAAACGGACACUCUCUGAACCAACGCCAGCAGUGCCUCCUUGCCCUAUGAAUCGCAAGCAGUCAUCAUUCGAUUCUACUCCGCCAUCUAGCCCUUCUGCUACUAUGAUGGAUAGAUUUUCACCAAAAUCAAGUAUUGGCUCUCCAAAAAUCUCACCUGGGCUACAUUCUCUCCCAGAGUUACCAGAGACAGUGGCUCAGAAGAAAUCAGAACAAGUCUACUCCAUACCCAAAAAAUCACAAAAUAUUUCAGAAGUCGAUCAGAGGUCACCAUGGUCUACUAGUUUACCUAUACAGUCUUCAUUUCCUGAGCCAUGCAACGAUACCUAUGCUGUGCCUGGAAACCCCAAACCACUUCCCCGUAAAACAUACAUGACAAAACCAAGAUUUCGUAAAGGAAGAGCCAUUUACAACUGCACAGCAGAUCAUGCCGAUGAACUUACAUUUGAGGAGGGCGAGGUGAUUGUAGUUAUUGGAGAGGAAGAUAAGGAGUGGUGGAACGGCUACAUAGAUGGACAGCCUCACCGGAAGGGUCUCUUCCCAGCAUCUUUUAUCCAGUUGCAAACAAGUUAACGGCUGCAAUUCCUCAGACAAGGAGCGUUAAAGAUGUGCGUCAAGUCCAAUGUUAUUCGCUUCUUCCAAUUAUUUUUUCAUUGAGAGCUUGAAGCAUUUAUCUGAAAGGCAUCAUGCGGAGGCCACCUUUUGUAACCAUGAAGACUGAGCCAGCAACCCCUCUGAGGGAAAGAGCUAGAAUGGUUCAUCGGGUAGUUUGGUGGAAGCCAAGUUUGUGGGUCACCUUCAGGAAAGAUCCAAAUUGCUGCUUUAAGGCAGGUGGUUGUUUACUUAGUGUGGCAAAAAAUGUGCGUUUUACUGUAAUUUGCUAAUGCUCGGUGGUAUAUAAAAAUCUUUGUUUCCAACCAGUGAAAUAAUUCGGGAUUGUGUUUGAGGAUUUUGAAUGGUCACCAACAGCAUUGCUAUGAAUUGGCCAAUGCCUUUGGAAAAUGCCUAUCACGGCUAGAAAUGAUUGCAAGGAGACAGGAACUCUCUCCAAUUCCACUUGAGAAUGUCACUUGUAAGCAAGCAGCAACCAUGACAAUCUAUCCUGGCCAGCAGACUCUUGUGUGGUAGGGGAAGAAGAAUGUGAAAAAAAUUAUGAGCAAGUAUGUGGACUUUUAGUUCUUAAAAAAAAUGGAAAGUAAUAAUUUUACAAAUGUUACAUGUUCAUGUUGUAUAUUUAAACCAGAAAAUUAAUCCCUAAACCAUUCUUUAAAAUAUGGUAUACUUUAAAGAUUAGGCAUGUGUAGAAUAAGGGUCCCGAUCGGAAACAUUAUCGGUCCAUUUCCCUCCACAGAUGCUGCCUGACCUGCUGAGUUCCUCCAGCAGUUUUUUUUUUUUGCUCUUAGGUUUGUUUUACUGUGCAAUAAGUGUGCAAAUAUGAAUGACUGAUAUUUGUAAUAUAAAGCAAAUUGAAAUAAAAGGAUAUUUCUUUGUAACCAUCCCUCCAAAUAAAUGGCAGGAGGAAGAAAGAAGGGUUGGGAAUGAAUGUCCUUGUGAACCUACCUUAGCAUUGGGAAUGCUGGCUGGAUUUUUCUUAAUGUUGGGAAAGUUGGCCGGAAUUUUCUUAACGUUGGGAAAGUUGGCUGGAUGCUUCCUAUUGCUGGGAAUGUUGGCUGAAUUUUUCUUGGGUGGAUUUGUACAAGUCAGCUACCUCUGCGGAGAGUGAACUGCUUUUCCAUUGAAAAUUAGUAUUUGAGUCUCGAGAGGAGACCUCAGGACUGCAGCCACAUCAUCGAGAACUCGAACAAAGUAAUCAUGACUGAUUUGUGCAUUUCAUUUGUGUCAAACAUGCCACUGUUUAUCUUGUAACUGAUCAAUUGGACGGUGAAUAGAUUGUUAUAAUCCCACACACAUGGACAAAAAUAAGAUUGGUGUCAUAAAUUAUAAAGUACACAUUGUUUGGAAGUGUUCAGUUAGAACAAUUACAUCAAAUUAUGAUAUUUACCUCCAAGUCAAGUGGUGAUUCUCCUUAUCCCACCAGUGGAUUUGUUCCGUUUAAAUUCACUAUUACUAUGGAGGGAAUAAAUGGAGCACGAAUGCUGGAUUAUGCAUGGUCGAUAUGAAACCUGAAAUCAUAUUGCCAACUCAUUACAGAGAAAGCUGUAAAUGAAUUUUGUAUUCUGUGUAUGACCUUACAUAAAGUGUUGAUAUUUGCCUUCGAACCAUUCUGCCAACACGCAAAUAUUGUGGUGAGGUUUGCAAUAUUUUAUUUGGUCUCAAAUAAGACUGUUUCUGAAUCUGAAAUGGAACCAGAGUUAGGAUCAAUAUGAAAUGGAUCAGUGCAAUCUGGAGUUAUGAAACUGUUGGGGGGUUUUGUUGUUUUUAUUAACUUUUGUUGAUUCCAAAUCAUUUCAGAAUUUUGAUAGCUAACUCUGAAUAAUGUGCUGAGUAUUUUCGUAUGUGUAUUUUAAAGGUGUAUCCCACCUUAAUUAUCAUUGUGAAUAAAUUGAAAACUCAGUUAAUGACUGAA